AGGUUGUUGAAGGUGAAGAAGACAUCUUCCAUUUUUGCAACUAGAAGAGAAGUAGAAACAUUUGGUGAUAAUUAAUUACCUUAAUCUCAUUUUCAGAGCAAAUAAAAAAUCUAAAAUUGGUGAAACAUCGAUUUUAGACAGGGUCAGAUUUGGUGAUAAUUACCUUAAUCUAAUCCGACUUAAUUGGGGAUUAGAGCUCAAAGUAUUUAAGUAUAUAUCUUCUGCCGUGGGAAUAUACGAGGCCCCAGGGCAUAAAUUAUUGAAAGCAAAUCAUUCUUUGUGAGCGUAAACAAAGAAUAUGGAAGAAAGUCGGGGAGAGAGAUAAGACUACGGAGUUGGGCAUUUUCUGGGCUUGUUUGAACUUUGAAAAGAGAAGAAGAAAACCCCAUAAGCAGAAGAAAAUGGAAGGGUGUUGGAAGUUGAUGGGAGUGGCAGUCCUUUGUAUUUAUUGGCUUCCGAUUUGGGGCUUCGCGGCGGAACAACAACUGCGGUUUGGGAAAAGUGGGGAGUUCAAGAUACUGCAAGUGGCGGACAUGCAUUAUGCCGACGGCAAGACCACGCCUUGUGAGGACGUGCUCCCGAGACAGGUCGCCUCUUGCUCCGACCUCAACACUACCGCCUUUGUCCGCCGCAUGAUCCUCGCCGAGAAACCCCAUCUCAUUGUUUUCACCGGGGAUAACAUCUUCGGGUUUGACGCUACGGAUGCGGCCAAGUCUUUGAAUGCUGCAUUUGCGCCAGCAAUCUCAUCCAACAUCCCAUGGGCUGCCAUUCUCGGGAACCAUGAUCAGGAAUCUACCCUCUCAAGGGAAGGGGUGAUGAAACAUAUAGUUGGCCUGAAGAACACAGUGUCUCGGGUCAAUCCUGUGGAAGCCCACAUAAUUGAUGGUUUUGGGAACUAUAACAUCGAGGUUGGUGGGGUUGAGGGCUCUGGUUUUGAAAACAAGUCGGUUCUCAAUCUGUACUUCCUUGACAGUGGAGAUUAUUCCACCGUUUCUUCCAUCCCUGGCUAUGGUUGGAUUAAACCCUCUCAACAACUUUGGUUUGAACGCACUUCUGCAAAGCUUCGGAGAGCAUACAUGGACAAACCAGAGGCUCAGAAAGGACCUGCACCGGGGCUUGUAUACUUUCACAUUCCAUUGCCGGAAUCUGCAAGUUUUGACUCGACCAACUUCACUGGUGUGAAACAGGAAGGCAUUAGCUCUGCUUCUGUGAACUCUGGCUUCUUCACGACCAUGGUAGCUGCAGGGGAUAUAAAGGCAGCUUUCACUGGCCAUGAUCAUCUCAACGACUUCUGUGGCAAGCUAAACACUAUACAGCUCUGUUAUGCUGGGGGAUUUGGAUACCAUGCUUAUGGGAAGGCUGGAUGGUCAAGGAGAGCAAGGGUGGUGGUAGCGAACUUGGAGAAAACAGAAAAGGGUGGUUGGGGUGCAGUAAAGUCAAUCAAAACAUGGAAGCGCCUUGAUGAUCAGCAUCUCACUGCUAUCGAUGGUCAGGUCCUCUGGAGCAAGAGCUCUACCGGACCCCGCAGGAAAAAACAAAUUGGUGGCACUUGAGUAGCAGGCAUAUGAAAAACAAUUACUAUAUACAAGUUCAUAACUAACAAAGUUGGCUGUGAGGAAGAAAGUUUUGGAACUGGUUUGAUGGGAACAUUUUAAUGUAUCGUUGUACUAUAAAUUUAUCUAAACAUUAUGUAUGGCAUACGUAUCUUGAGAAUUAGUGAAACUACAGGAGGUAACGGAUGAAUUUGUAUGCCAUGUAAUUGUGUGUUCGAAUAUUGUAUUCAGGUCUGAAUAAAGUUGGGAUAUUUAUGUAUUAA